AUGUCAACAUCUCUCUUGUCCAAGGUCAACAAAGGACCACAAGUGUUCAUCAACUUCCGAGGAGAAGAGCUGCGUAGACCCUUCGUCUCCCAUCUCCAUGAAGCAUUGAGAAAUGUCGGGAUCAAUGCUUUUAUUGACUCAGAUGAGGAUCCGGGCGAAGAUCUUGAAAACCUUUUCAAAAGGAUCGAGGAGUCGGAGAUCGCGCUGGCGAUUUUAUCGAGCAAGUACACGGAGUCACAAUGGUGUUUGGACGAGCUGGUGAAGAUAAUGGAAUGUAGUUCAAAAGGGGAAGGAUGCAAAAAACUCUGGGUCAUUCCAAUCUUCUACAAGCUUGACACAUCUAUUGUGAAAGGACUUGAUGGUGAUUUUGGUGUUAAUCUAUGGAAGCUGUGGACGAAGCCAGGUGGUGUUCGAGACGACCGGAUUGUUAAGUGGAACGCGGCUUUGCAGGAUGCCCGGAACAAAACAGCUUUAAUAUUGAAAGAAAGCAGUGAGGAAAUGGCUUUUCUGGCAAAGAUUGUCAUAACUGUUCAGAAUGCCUUAACACGAAAUUCGCCGCAAAGUCAAGAAGACACUAGGUCACCACCACCGUCACAGGGAGGAGGAAGAGGAGAAGAAAUCCCUAAAUUUCAUAGCAGAGCAUUAAGCAGAACUGAAUCAGGAGAACAACGUCUUAAGCAAUUGGAAGAGAAAUUGGAUGUUGACUGCAAUGACAACGAAACUCGUAUUGUCGCAGUCGUUGGGAUGCCUGGGAUCGGUAAAACCUAUCUCGCCAAGAAACUCUUGGCCAAGCUUGAGACGAAGAUUGUCCGUCACGUGUUUAUCCAGUUCGAUAGUGAGAGAUCCAAGUAUCAGGGAUUGGAAUGGGUGCAGAAGACAAUUGUGGAAGAUUUGUUGAAGAAAGAUUAUCCAACUUCAGGAUCCGAGGGUGGCAAUGUGCUUGAAAAUUGGAAGGAACAGCUACGCGAGAAGAAAAUUGUGGUUGUUUUCGAUAAUGUGACUGAUCAGAAACAGAUCGAACCGCUGAAGAAUUGCGAUUGGAUUAAGAAGGGAAGCAGGAUCGUUAUCACGACACGGGACAAGUCGUUGACGGAGACGUUACCUUGUGAUCUCUAUGAGGUCCCUGGGUUGAAUGACAAAGAUAGUUUGGAGUUCUUUAGGUCUCAAAUUUGUAGUAAUCUCGAGGGAAAUUUCAUGGAGCUGUCUAGGAAGAUAGUGGAUUUUGCUGGUGGUAACCCAUUAGCUCUCGAGGCAUUUGGUAAGGAGCUUAAGAAGAAGAGUGAGGAUUGCUGGGAAAAAAGACUUGGAACACUGACUCGAGUUUCCAGUGAAGAGAUGAGAGAGGUCUUGAGAAACAUUUUUGAAAAGGAUCUUGAUGAGAAGCAGAGGGAAGCGUUUCUUGAUAUUGUUUGUUUCUUUAGAUCACAUGAUGAGAGCUAUGUAACAAGUUUGCUGGAUUCUGUUGACCCCAAAUCUGCUGAAGCUGGGAGAGAAGAAGUUAGAGAUCUUGUGGACAAGUUCUUGAUUCACAUCUCUAAUGGUCGAGUAGAGAUUCAUGAUAUAUUGUUUACUAUGGGCAAGGAACUUGUUGAGACUACAAAUAAAUAUUGGAUGUUGUCGUCGAAUUCUGCAGUGUCUGCUGAUGCACUGAGAAAGAAAAGGGGAAGAGAUCAGGUUAGAGGAAUUGUCAUAGACAUGUCUAAAAUGGAGGAAAUGCCCUUAGACAACCAAACAUUUGUUGGUAUGAGCAGCCUACGGUACCUUAAAGUGUACAAUUCUCUUUGUCCUAGGCAUUGUGAAGCUCGGUGCAAGUUAAACUUACCGGAUGAACUUGAGUUCCCAAAAAAUAAUAUUAUACGAUAUCUUGACUGGAUGAACUUCCCAGGGAAGGAACUUCCAUCAGAAUUCGAACCCAAGGAUCUUAUUGAUCUUAGGUUGCCUUACAGCAAGAUUAUUAGCUUAUGGAAUCGUGUUAAGGAUACACCAAAAUUGAAGUGGGUGGAUCUAAGUCACUCGAGUAAGUUGAGUUCCUUGUCAGAAUUAUCAGAAGCACCAAAUCUUUUGAGAUUAAACCUGGAAGGCUGCACGAGUUUGAAAGAGUUACCAGAGGCGAUGCAAAAGAUGAAGAAUCUCGUUUUCCUGAACUUAAGAGGAUGCACAAGUCUCUUGUCUCUGCCAAAGAUAACUAUGGAUUCCCUGAAGACUCUCAUUCUCAGCGACUGCUCACAAUUUCAGACAUUUGAGGUGAUUUCAGAACAUCUGGAAACUCUGUACUUAAACGGCACUGCGAUAAAUGGACUUCCUUCAGCCAUUGGUAAUCUCGACAGACUUAUCUUAUUGAACUUGAUAGACUGCAAAAAUCUGGUGACUCUUCCUGAUUGUCUUGGGAAGCUUAAAUCUCUUCAAGAACUCAAACUCUCUCGCUGCUCAAAGCUCAAACCCUUCCCCGAUGUUACAGCGAAAAUGGAAAGUUUGCGGGUUUUACUUCUUGAUGGAACAUCAAUAGCAGAGAUGCCAGGCAGCAUUUAUGACUUAUCUUUGCUGCGACGUCUAUGCUUAAGCAGGAAUGAUGAUAUCCACACCCUUCGAUUUGACAUGGGUCAAAUGUUCCAUCUGAAAUGGCUCGAGUUAAAGUAUUGUAAGAAUCUCAUAUCUCUUCCCAUACUUCCACCAAAUCUUCAGUGCUUAAAUGCACAUGGUUGUACUUCACUAAGAACAGUCGCCAGUCCGCAAACCCUUCCUACACCAACAGAGCAGAUUCAUUCCACCUUUAUUUUCACUAACUGUUACGAACUAGAACAAGUCUCAAAGAAUGCUAUCAUUUCUUACGUUCAGAAAAAAAGCAAGUUGAUGUCAGCUGAUCGAUAUAAUCAGGAUUUUGUCUUCAAAUCCUUGAUUGGUACUUGCUUUCCGGGAUAUGACAUACCUGCAUGGUUUAACCACCAAGCACUGGGAUCAGUCUUGACGCUGAAACUUCCUCAACAUUGGAAUGCAGGUAGAUUAAUCGGGAUUGCUCUAUGUGUUGUAGUCUCGUUUAAUGGGUACAAAGACCAAAGCAACAGUCUCCAAGUGAAGUGCACCUGUGAGUUUACUAAUGUAUCCUUGAGCCCGGAAAGUUUCAUUGUUGGAGGUUUUUCCGAACCAGGCGAUGAGACACAUACGUUUGAGGCAGACCAUAUCUUCAUUUGCUACACCACUUUGCUUAAUAUCAAGAAACAUCAACAGUUUCCAUCAGCUACUGAAGUUUCCCUUGGAUUUCAAGUGACAAAUGGUACAAGCGAGGUUGCAAAAUGCAAGGUGAUGAAGUGUGGCUUCUCUUUGGUGUAUGAGCCUGAUGAAGUUGAGAACUCAUCUUGGAAGGUGACUCCAAGGAUAGAGGACAAGAGACAAGGUCGAAGAAGCUCUUUUAGAACUGCAGAAGAGGAUGAUGAUUGCCCCAUUGCAACUCCAACAACAGCAACUUAUAACAGUUUUAAUAGAAUCGUCAGUUACUUUAAAAAAGUCUAAUGAUCUGCAAAAUUUAUGGCUGCUUAAUGUUUUGGUUUUAAGCCUAAGACUGGAGAUCUGGUUGUUUAGAAUGAGGGUUAGAAUUUAGGUCACGAGCCUAACCACAACACAACUCGAACAAAGUAUGACAAUUCAAUGGUGAGGCAAUUAAGUAUGGAGAAGGAGUCUGA